UGGUCGUGAGCAGAUCGCCGAGGAGCUAGUGCAUCCACAUAACCACAUAACCAUCUAUCCAUAACAACAAACAAUAUAUUCGUGCGGGGUUUUCGAUUCGGGUUUUUUUGGAAAAUAGAAUUUGAAAAUGGAACAAAGCGCCGUUGUUCUUGUGCGUGCCGAUAAACGUAUAUAAAUCACGUGUGUGUGCUGCUGACUUUGGUUUCACCAGAUUUCUGAUUUCAUCUAACGGUGCUAGUGAACAUACAUAUAUUAUAAACCCACAUCGAAGACCAGCGGAGAGCGGAGAGGGGGCUAUACUAACUACACAAAAUGGACUGGCAGCCGACAGUUAUAGCAGGCCUGAUCUGCCUGCUCCUGCCAACGCAGAUUUCUUUGGCCAAUGCCUGGAGUUUGCCAGCCCGCCAAGCAGAUCGUUCAGAUCUGGCUUUAACACCAGCUCGCCAGCAGGUUGGACGACGAUUAAAUGAGGUAUCACCGUAUCUGGACCUGGCCUUGUGUCCCAUCAGAGCGGAACCCUGGACUUGUGCCCGCCAACAAUCCGGUCGGAUACUGGAUGUUUGGGAUGGAGAACUGAAUGUCCAAUGGCAGAAACUUAAGGUCGAGGCCGAUCGGCAGAUGAACGCCACGAUCGAGAGAAGAGGCUACAGCACCUCGGAGUUGCCCGUGAAAGAGAAGCCAUCGACGAUACUGAAGAAAAUUGAGAUCGGCACGAAUUACAUGAAGAAAUACCUGGCCGAAUCCAUGGACGGCUUCCUAGGUCGCGAAUACGAGUAUCUGCAGACACCGAAAGCGGCGGAGGAUGAUAGUGAAACUGACCAGAGUGGCAAUAGUGCCGAAGAUGACGAUGAGGCGGAUGCGGAUGAUGCCAGCAAUGCCGCGGAGGAGGAGGAGGAGAAUGCAGAUGAUGAGGAUGCGGAGGCGGAUGCCAAUAAUGAGGAGGAUGACGAUGAGGAGGAGGAUGAUGAUCGGGAUGAGGAGGACGACGACUCGGACAGCACGGCGGAACAGGAUCAGGAUAAGGACAAGGACCAGGAGCCAGGGGCGGAAGCUGACAACGAAGACGAGGACGUGGAUGAGGCGGUCUCAGCACCAGAGAGUGAUACCGAAAAGGAGAAUACCCCAAGUGUCUUCAGUGGAGCGCCAGCAGCGCAAACCCAAGGUGAUGGGAAAAAUCCCGUCUUAGCCGAGGACAACACUUCAACAGGUGUGGAAUUUAUCGAGCUGCAGGAUGGCGAUGAAACUGCGGCGGGUGCGCUAAAAAAGCCAGGAGGCGGUAAGCGCAAGAAGAACAAAAAGGGCGACAAACGCAAGAAGAACCAGAAGAACAAGCGGAAGGGUCAAGGGUCGGACACACAGCCCUCGACCUUGGUGGUGGUGCAGGCGGCACCGGAGCACCAUGAGGUGGACUCGGGACAUGAGCACGGCUCCUCGGUGAUUAGUCAUGGGAGUGCCGAUGACACCGAAUCCGUGGGCAAACCGAUGAGGAAACGGAAGCAGAAGCGCCGCAUGAAGGGCAAGCGGAAGCGCAAGGGUCAACACGGGUCAGCCGUGGUGGAGCACGAGCAGAGCGACCUGAGCUUGGGAUUGGGCCUGCUCGACGAACUGGCGGACGCGGAUGAUGUGCUGUCGGGAGUCGGCGGGGGAAAACGCAAGCACAGGAACCCACUUAAUUAUGGUAGAAGUAACGGAGUGACCCGAGGCAAGAAGAAGAAGAAGAAGAAGGCCAUUGCCAAGUUCAUCAUGAUUGGCAGCUUCCUGAAGGCCAAAAUCGAACUGCUGCUGAAGAUCCUGGGCGCCCAUCUGCAGGUCAAGUUCUUUGCCAUAGCCCUGAUCGGUCUGCUGAUCAAUAUAGCCCGAUUCUGGAUCGAUGUGAAGCGCGGCAGUCCGCCAUCUAAGGUUGUAUACGUUGAACAUGCCCACCAUCAGCACCACUACGAGGAUCACGGCGACGACUGGAGCGAGCCGGGUAGCUACUGGAAGCGCUCCCUGCAAACGGAUCCCUCGAUCGAGGACACCGACUCCUCCACGGACAGCUACCAGGUGCGACAGCCGCAGCAGCAGUCACAGAUCCAGGAUCCCCACUACCUGGCCUAUCGCAAUCAGUACGGCCAGUGGCAUUAGAUGAACUCUGACCUCCAAUGGAGACAUUAUUUAUACAUGUAUUUAUUUAAUUCACAUUCAAGUGGUACGACGCUGAUUAUUAAAUAAUCCCUAAGGCCCUAGAGCAAAAUUAA